UACGAAUGAUUGUCCAAGUUAGCCCACACCAGUUUGAUAAUAUUUUAAUUCUUACAUAAUAUUUUCUUGGCCUCUUGUUUGUAAGGGCGUUUUUGGCCAGAAUUGAAAAAAUUCUAGGGGCCUAUGGCUAAUGAAAUUUUGCAACCUCCAUUAUCAAUCCUUUUGAUGUGACUGCAAUUUCUUUUCAUGUAUAUAUUAACAGAUGAAAACAUCAUAUCUUGUGAGAAAAAUUCACGCCGCAUCCAAUAUAAUGCAUUUAUCGGAUGGGCAUGCUAUGAUUGCAAGAAGUGCCUUUGAUGAAGUGCAUUAGCUUAAAUGGGAAUUACUGAGAUUCCUAAUAUCAUAUAUUCAUUAGUUUAUAUGGACUCCAUUACAUUGCCUGUACAAUGACGUACCUGAGAGACCUAAUCAUGAAAUUUGCAAGCAAGGAAACACUGCAUGCCAUGAUGUCAAGAACAUCUCCUUUUAGACUUUUCUGUCAUAUUUUAGAAGCUAGCCACCCUCUCAUUUUAACCUUCAAUCAAUUUCCUCAGUUGGGUGGGUGUCUGUUGGCUUGAGGUCCGUUUCUCCUUUGAGUAUCAUCCUAUUUUUGUUAUAAAGGGUUUCUAUCUGGUUUUUAAGAAGAGGGAUAAAGGUGCAAUGGGUCUGAGAAGGGGUGAACCAGUGGAAGUUUGCAGUGAUGAAGAAGGUUUUAAGGGGGCCUGGUACCCUGCAACCGUAAUUAGGAAGAGUGGUUUAGGAUACCUAAUUGAGUUUAAAGAUUUAGUAACUGAUGACGAGGAAUCACAAUUGAGGGAGAAGGUUGAGGCUGAUCAGAUAAGGCCUGUACCCCCUAGUUUGAAUAGGCAGCAUUUCGUAGCUCACGAAAUAGUUGAUGCCUAUGACAAAGAUGGGUGGUGGACAGGAACCAUAGAAAAUGUUUUAGCUGAUAAUAAGUAUAUUGUUCACUUCAGUCAUUCUGGGGAGAAAUUGGAGUACAGUGUAUCUCAGCUACGUCUUCAUCUGGAUUGGGUUGAUGGCAAGUGGCUUCAGCCUUCAGAGCCAUCCAAGAACACAGUUAGCAGUUCUCCAAAACCAGAUAAACGAAAUACUAGACCCAAUAAAUUCAAAAGAGAGGCCAUUUUUUGUGGACUCUCAGCAAAUGGUAAGGCUGAUGAUCUAUCUGCUUCCUUGAAAAAUACAGAGAGUCAGCUAACUGAAAAAUCAAGAAAGAGAAGGAAGACAACAAAAGACAAACUGGACGAUGCUUUACCUGACCGAGGGACAAUGAUGAAUACAGCUGGAAGGGACGUGGAAAGUCCAAAGAGCGUUCCUCCAGACAAAGAGGGGGGAAAAUAUGAUUUCUCUGCCCAACAUGCAAAUAUUUCUAAAGAAACUGAAGUUCCAUUUUCAGAAGCAAAGCACGAAGAAGUUCAGAACAUAUUGCAUGGUAGGGGUGUGACAGGAGAGGCACAUAGAUCUUUGGAUUCUCUUUUUACACCCGAGAAUAACAUUGCAAUGAAUUUUCCUUAUCUUACAGACAUUGGGAAAACUAACGGUUAUCCUGGUAGUACUUGUGAAACGGGUGCAAAAGCAACUUUGAAGCAGUUAGAGCUCAUUGCUUAUCAUUCAUUACUCAAGGCAUUGUACCAUCAAGGAGCUCAUAGUUGGAAAACUGAAGUUCUCCUCGCAGAUCUUAGGCAGGUGCUACAUGUCAGCAAUGAGGAGUCCGCUUGUGAGCUGAGACGCAUAACCUAUGGCCAAAAUAACUGAGACACUCUGUUUUUGCUGAAGCUGUUACAGAAAGGUGCAAGGAAUUGGCUGUAUGCCAAAGCUGCUGAUGCUGAUUCAUGACUGAAUUUUUGUUGAUAAAUAUGGAAUCAAGGGACUAUCCUAUGCUUAUAUACUGGACUAAUUCCUGUAUGGCUCAUUUUCAAUGGAGCUCGUAUGCUAAUUGUCAACAUGUAAUGGCUUUUUAGCUAUAAAACAUUACCUACAAGUUUGAUAACUAAUGAACAGAAUGAUGGUGACUAUCAUUAACUGUAUAAACGACUUUAUGGCAAUACAUAAUUAUAGAUGUCAUCAACCUAAUCCUAAUACGAUUAAGUAUGUGUUUAGUUUUGUUCCUUUA